AUGUCUUCGUUAGGAGGCCGGGCUAGCGAAGAAUUAGUUUUUGGUCUAGAAUACAUUACGAUGGGAGCUUACAGUGAUUUUAAGCGAGCCGCCGAAAUUGUUCGCAGUCUAAUUUUGCGUUAUGGAAUGUCGGAUUUAGGGAUUGUUCCCACCCAAGAGACUUUUUUUUCGGGCGAAGAAAUACCGCCUGAAUUACCCGAAACUGCUAAACAAAAAAUCGAAAAGGAGCGGGAGAAAAUAAUGAUUAUUGCGGUAGUCGCGGCCAUUAUUCAUACUCACGGGUACAGUCUAAUUUUCCAAGCCCAAGCUACUCCCGGUGGUUUAGAGAUUUUUACUUCGCAUUUUUCUUCACGCAAGGGAAAAAAGAAAAUUUCGAUUAGCAUGCUCAUGAAAGUUUUUGGCCUAGUGAUUAUUUUUUUGGUUACUUUGCUUAAUUUUACCAUGAUAGAAGAUAAUUCCAAAAUGAAAAAAAGCCUGCUGGAAAAGGAAAUUAAAGAACAAAAGGAGAAGUUAGAAGCAGGAGGGCUCAAAAUAGAAGAAAAAGAAACCGAGAAAAUCCUAAGCGACUGA